CUGACAAUAAGCCCCUGGGCACCAACCCAUUUUAAUACAUUGUCUCGAUCUAGUUAAGCUUGCUUUCAGUUUCAUUAAUUCCACCUAUCCUAGUUAAGUCCAUCAUGGGUGAGCCAACCCUUGUCGCCGAAAAAGUUCUGAAAAAAACUGAUACGGGGCACAGGUUUAGCGUCCCAAUGAAGGCGUUACCCUUGUUCCCACCAUUCAAUGGUCGUCAUUUCGUGCGUGUGGACUUUUGGCAUGGCCCAAAACAUUGGCCUAUGGUCAUAUCCAUUCGCAGCCGUGGCCACAAAAAACCUGUAUUCUCUAGGGGUUGGAAACCCUUUGUCCGCGCAAAUCAGUUGGAGGUUGGUGAUGUAGUCAGAAUCUUCAGGGACGAAGAUGAAGCCGGAAUCUGGUAUCGGAUUGAGAUCGUGAGAAGCAGCAACCCACCCAGGCCAACUCCAGUCGCUGUGCCAACCGCCCACAACAGUAAUUUCAAUGUGGAGGUCGCUGCAAACAUCCCUGCCAUCAAACAAGAGACGCAACCGGCCCUUGGAAUUGUUCGGAAGGCUGAAGAGCGCAGUUUGAAGCCAGAUGACAAGAAUUUGGGGUUGACACUAAACAAGGAACUGCGAGUGCCCAUGUCUCCCUUUCCAGCGGAAGUGGAACUCGAGAGCACUGGUGGCGUGCAGCAGCAAAUUGCCCAUGAAACCCGCCAUGAUGAUCCUAAAACAGCCAAUUUGAAACCAAUUCUUGAUCAAACCAGUGCAGAAGAAUUUCCUCUGAAAUUAGACCUGACUCUGGCACCACCUGUGGUGGCCUGUGAAGGAAAUCAGGUGCCUACAAUGGGUUUGUUUGCAACUGAGGCAGUAGCUCGCUAAUUGGCGCCAUGUCUUUUCUUCUUCUUCUUCUUUAAUAAGAAAUUUUGACUGUAAUUCUGCAGCUCAAAGUUGAACCACUUUUUGACUCUGUUUGGUGUGUAAUAUUAUUAUCAUUUUUUAAAUUGAGAGGGAGUUACAAGAUUAAAUUUAAAAUGUAAUUCUCAAUCUGUUGAAUUGAGUGUGAGUUCUAAGGUGAAAUGUAACUCUUAAGCAUUAUGAGUGUUAUGACUUCUUGAUAUGAAUGAGUUAAUGGAUUUGAGAUUGUUUAAUAUAGCUUUAUUAGCUAAAUGGUGGGGGAGGAUUGCAAAAGGGGAAAAGGGACUUUGGCGUAAUGUGUUGGAAAUAAAGUACAGCAUUUCUAGGAGACAAUGGGAGAUUUGUAUGGGGGAGUGAAAUAGGAGAGGAUCGCUGUGUGCCGCUCUACAACUUUUGGGUAGUCUUACAUUUGUCUAAUGUUGCCUAAAGAUUACACUAACUAUUAUAUAUACAGUAUUAUACUUUCUUUGAAUUCAUCACACUACCAAGCUACCAUGUUGUCUUUGGACAAUGUAGGCAUUAACAUCAAUUAAUUUCUCUGCCUAAUUAGUUAUUAGUAAUUUCUUAAGUAUGUAUAUCCAUUUUUAGUAGAGAUAUUCAACUCAAAUGUUGAACGGAACAUGUAUCUUUAUAUAUUAGGGCAAGGGUACAAAAUGUCGGUUGGUAGAGCAAUUAUAAAGCUCAUUACAUUACAUAAAGAAGAGAAAUGCAGUUAAUAGAACUAAAGGACUAUG